AUGUCAACUGCAACCCGGAAUUGCCUGUCGCAUCGACGAAAAUCACCACAUUCUGAAUGGACCCAGACCCAGCUGCUUCCAUUGCUCCGGUCCCAUCUCCCUCACUCGCUGCCCCUGCUCCGCCGUAUCCAGCAUGAGAUCGCCCAUCCGUCCCCCACUGCAGUUAUCCUAACCACAUUCCCGGGUCCAGCUCCUGCUCCUCCCGCCUCGUCCUCAGCCUCGCCGCCAGUCUCACCCUCAGCCUCAGGGGAAGGCCGACUUCCUGUUCCAGAACUAGUCUCUAAUCCUGGUCUAGUCCCAGUUCCAGGUCCCCGGGUCCCCGACCCUUCUCCUCCUCUGGCACCUGACACCGCGGUCCCUGCAGCUGCUUCGGAUCCUGAAUCCUUCUUCCUCCUCCUCCCCUGGAUGAUCGCCUACGUUGACCUGAGCGCUGGCCGCGAGAAUCAAGUCAUAGUGUACUCGAGUCUCGAGCGCACCGCCUCUAUUCCCUACACUAGCACCUCCCCAGAACCAUCAUCGUCAUCCCCAGAAGACACUCCCGGUAGCUAUAGCAAUAGCAAUAGUAACACAAUCCCCAUAACCACCAUCUCACCCCAACACCACCCCAUCCUACGCACCCAACUCCUCUCUCUCCUCCACCACAUCAAACAACACCUCCUCCCACCCUACCUCACCACUUUAUCCCAACUCCCUUCAACCCAAACCCAACCCCAAGACCAUCAACUCCCCCCUCCUCCCCCGACCGCCUUCUUAUUCGGAAACCUGCACACGGGCCUCUUCUCCACCCUCCUGAACAGCAACACAUCCUAUUCUCUCGCGCAGCCAACCUCCCCUGCGGAUUUCAUUCCGGGAAUCAAAGUCCACCGCUUCAGCCAACCCCCUUACGUCAAGUACCUCCUCCCUCGGGAAGUUAUCUGUCACCAACCUCGAGACAAGGAGGGGGGGAACUUGCCGCCAGGCUUUCACUUCAGCGAUGGCUGCAUCCCAAGAGAGAAACUGGGACUUGUGCGGUCGAGGACAGUUAUUCCUAGAUCGGAGGAGACGCUGGCGAAGUUGAGGAGCUGUGCGGUCUAUCGCGAUGGGAGUGAGGAGCCGGUUGCGUGGGCGUUCCUCGGUACGGAUGGGACCUUGGCGACGUUGCAUGUGGAAGAGGAGGUUAGGGGGUUGGGGUUGGCUGGGAUUGUGGGGAGAGAGGUGAUGAGAAGGGGGAUUGAGGAGGAUAUGAGCCUGAAUGAUGGGUGGAUGCAUUCGAAUGCGGCGGAGGAUAAUUUGGCGAGUAGGAGGGUUAUGGAGAAGUUGGGGGGGAGGGUAGGGUGGACGGUUUGUUGGUGUGUUUUGGAGGUGUAGAUUUGCAUAUGUAGUAGCAGAUUGUAUAUAUUUUAGUUACGAUUGUUGAUAUAAUUAUAGAAUAGACCAUUCUCAGC